AGAAAGAAAAAAAAUGUUCAAGAAAAGGAGAAAGCGAGUGAUUAUCUCGCCUCCAUCUAAUUUUGAACAUCGUAUACACUGUGGUUUCGACCAUCGUACCGGAAAGUACGUAGGACUACCACCUCAGUGGGCAAACAUUAUCGGCGCUGAGGACAGCCGACCAAAACCAAUAAUUGAUGCAGCUCACACUACACCUGUUGAGGUAGAUAAGACUAUUGUUCGAGGACCUAGUUUAAAUAGACUUCCGAAAGGAUUGACCAACGGAAUAAGUGUUGCACGGUCGAAUUCUCUCAGGAGUCGUAGUCCACCAAGGAUAAGGAGGAAAGCUGUUGAGGAUAGUGUUCCAGAUGUUGUUCGGAAGAACGACUGGCAUCAGGGCAAUGAUGGACAUCAACCAAUCUCACCCCUGGAUCGCCCCAGUUCAUAUGAUCAUAGGAAUAGAUUACCACCGAGACAUGAUAACAGAGAUACACAUGAAAAUCAUUCACGCGAAGAAAGGUACAGAAACUCACAAGACCCACGCUAUUAUACAACCUCAAGUACUUACGAUCGUGGCCAUGAACGGGAACGGUAUCAAGAAUCUAGGUAUCAUGGAGACCAAGACAGAUGGCAGGAUACAAAGAAUGGAUACAACAAUAGAGGGCCUCCUCCACCAAUUCAGCGUAGUCCUAAAACAUUACCAAGGAGUAUAUCAAAUCCAUCGUACCAUCAACAAAACUAUCCCUACUCACAGUCAAAUUCUGAACCCAGGGGAUACCCCACAGCACCCCGUAGUCAGUCACAGGGACAAUUAUCAAAGGAACGCCGAUCACCUCCUACAACCCCUAGUGGAGUUACUGUCGUAUCUGGACCUAUGCCAACUUCACCGCCAUAUUCUUCAAACCAGCCUAAACCGCCACAAAUGGCACAGAACUCAAACCCGGCACCGGCAGGGUCGAACACGCCCCAGGCUGAGCGUGUCUCCCACGAACAGUUCCGGGCAGCUCUGCAGAUGGUUGUCAGUCAAGCCGACCCUAGGCUUAGGUUUGAGAACUUUGUGAAAAUCGGUGAAGGCUCGACUGGUAUCGUUUGUAUUGCGACCGAAAGAGAGACAGGUCGACAAGUUGCUGUCAAGAAGAUGGACUUACGGAAACAACAAAGAAGAGAGCUCUUAUUUAAUGAGGUUGUAAUUAUGAGGGAUUACAAACACCCAAACAUUGUGGAAAUGUACGACAGUUACUUAGUGGGCGAUGAACUUUGGGUUGUGAUGGAAUUCCUAGAGGGCGGUGCACUCACUGAUAUUGUGACUCAUGCAAGGUUAGAGGAGGAGCAGAUUGCAUUUGUUUGUAAAGCGAUCCUGACUGCACUGUCUUUCCUACAUUCCCAAGGUGUUAUCCAUCGGGAUAUCAAAAGUGAUUCUAUCCUUCUAACACACGAUGGCAAAGUAAAGCUAUCCGACUUUGGGUUCUGUGCACAGGUGUCCCAUGACAUGCCAAAGAGGAAGUCAUUGGUGGGAACACCCUAUUGGAUGGCUCCAGAGGUCAUUUCAAGGUUACCAUAUGGACCAGAGGUUGAUAUUUGGUCAUUGGGUAUUAUGGUCAUGGAGAUGGUAGAUGGUGAGCCUCCAUUUUUCAAUGAACCGCCAUUACAAGCAAUGCGACGUAUUCGAGAUAUGCCACCACCCAAAUUAAAGAACACGUACAGAGCAUCACCACGGUUACAGGGUUUCUUAGAAAAGAUGCUUGUGCGAGAUCCAUCCCAACGUGCUAAUGCCUAUGAACUUCUUAGGCAUCCGUUCUUAUGUCAAAUGGGGCACAACACAUCGUUGGUAUCUCUGCUCAGACAAUUAAGGCAUUCAUAAGGGGAAAACAUGUACAUAGACUUUGAUAAAUUGAAAGUGAGGUGGAGAGACACUGAUUGGAGUUGACCUAUGAACUAUUGUACCUACAAUGACCAUAGAGGCAGUAUACAGUUAAUUCCAGAGGUACUAAAAAUGAUCGGAAGAUAAUCUUAACUUAUUAUGCUCUAGGUACAAAAUGUACUUAAACUCUAAACCUCUUUUAAUGAGAGGAUGUUACAAAGUGAAUUUGUGUGUUUGAUUUGCCAUGAGAUGGUUGGGUUGUUUGGAAGUGGGGCGGGAUUGUAGAAAUGGGAUCAUUCUCUUUAUUCAGAUUAUACUGUACAUCCAGCCCAUGUUGAAGACUUGCACACCAUGAGCUCUAGUCCUAGUUAUCUAAAAACCAUCUGAAAAGGCAGACUCUCACUCUCACUACCGCAGACAGUCAGCAGACGGCGCUGCGUCAUCUAGCGCCACAGGAAGCGCAGUUGAAAUCGUCGUACGAUGUAGUGCGUGCCCAGCUUUAGCGUUGAAAGUCAUUAACAUACACUUAAAGUGCACAUGUGCAGGAAAAAAGUUAAACAUACACAUAUACACAUACACAUGCAUGUCUUGUAAGAACAUUAUUGUUUUGCUGUGUGUAAUUAGGCGAGACUUUUUUUUAUAUAUUUGUUUAGCGAACCAUCCGACCGCCAAGAGUGGUGAUGUUGAAUAAAAGUAACAUUUUAUUUUUAGCCAGUUAACGCACACUCGCCACAAAAAUGGAAAUUUCAUAAAAAACUUAAAUUUUAUAUAUAUUUUUAUUACACCCUCCAUACCACUCCCCUAAAUUCUCCAAAAAUAAAUUUAAAGCAUUUAUCAAUCUCAUUACUACACUGUUAAUUUCAUUAAUAAAAUUUAUUUUUAUUUUCUCCUUCCCCUAGAUGGUUUUGGUAAAAUCAUUUUGCUAAAUGAUAAAACAAAAUUUUAUUUGGAUUUUUUUCUGCUUUCCUGACAAUUAAAAAAAAAAUAAGUUCACGAAACAAGGUCUAAAAAAAGUCUGGCCUUAUCAUGUAUGUAUUGUGUAUAUUUGUCAACUAGUUUACUGUGCUGUAAAUGUAUUUGUAUCAAGAUGAAGAUUUUUAAAGUCUUUUUACGUUAAUAUUUCACAAGACUCCUGUGAUGUGUUCUUCAUUUUAUUAUUCAAAAGGAACAAAGAUACUAUAGAGAAUUUAAUUAUAUUUUCAAGAUUGGGAGUAUGUGUAUUAUUUAUUUCUAAACUUGAUAUCCUGCAAUGGCAGUUCAUAAUUUCUUAUUUAUGUAAAUUUUACAUAAAUAUUGACAAUUUUAUAUUCAUAUGUUUAUAUUAAGAAAUUUUAAAUUCCUUGAUUUAGUGUCUGUAGAAAACUAAAAAAAAAAUAGUUCCUUUCAGUUCUGUUUAUUAAGUAUUAGAGAUGUUAACAGAAUCCUGUAUUUCAGCCACUUCUACAGUUUGACUCAAAUAGGGAGUUGGUAUAUAUUUUGACUUAUGAGUCUUUUAACUUUGUUAUGGAGUUAAGAUAUAUUUUUACACUCUGAAGGAGUUAAUCUGUAUUUUGACUUUAGUAAGCUUAUAUUUAUCUUGAUUUAAUUUAAGUGAAUUAUCAAGACUUUAUUAUUUGGAAUUGCUUUGAUAAAUUUCUGAUAUUGUUAUAGAAGGAGUGUGGCAGAGGAAUCAGGUUGAGGAAGAAUCUAGGUGUUGCAGAAACCAGUGUGACAAGAGCUUUUGUGUUGUGAGAAAGAACCAGUUUACCAGAGGAGGUAGAGUAAGAUAGAACUGAUGUGCUAGGGGAACCAGUGUGGCAAAGAACAUAUGCCAGAUGAACCAGUGUGACAUGAGCUUGUGUGUUGUGUGAAGGAAUCAGUGUACCAAAGGAGGUAGUGUAAGCUAGAACUUGAGUCCCAGGGAAACCAGUGUGACAAAGGACACCUGCCAGAUGAACCAGCGUGAUAAGAGCAUGUGUGUCAGGGGAGCUGUUGUGAGAAGGAGCCUGUGUGUCAGGGGAGCUGUUGUGAAAAGGAACCUGUGUUCCAGACGAGGUAGUGUAAGAUAGAACUUUUGUGCUAGAUGAACCACCGUGACAAAGAACAUACCGUAAAACCUCAAAUUGAAGCCCAGUGGGCUUAAUCUCGAAAUGAAACCCAUCUGAAAUUGAAGCGCCCCCCCCCCUUCUUUAAUUUGCAAAAUUAGCCUCGAAAAGAAGCCUAUCUCGAAAGAAGCUCAUCUAUCUAAAAAAUAGCAUAGUCUUCUUUUUGAGAAAUUACAGUACACACACUGUGCAUGAAUUUAUACAUUAGUUUAGGUGAUUUAAUGCCAGUUAAAUACACUCUAUAAUACUGAUUGAUGUUACAUUGACCUUAUUUAUUGUUUAAUUGUACAAAUUCACAAAAUUUACAACAUUCAUUUAGAAAAGGAGCCCCCCUCUUUACUUUGCAAAAGUAGUCUCGAAAAAAAAGCCCAUCUCGAAAAAUAGCCCAUCUAAAGUUCGCAAAAAAAAAGAAGCCCAGGGCUUCAAUUCAAGGGUUUACAGUAUGCCAGACGAAUCCAUUGUGACAAAAAACACACAGCAGAGAAACCAGUGUGACAUGAGCCUGUGUGUCUGGAGAACUGUUGCAAGAAAACAAACUGUGUACCAGAGGAGGUAGUGUAAGAUAGGACAUAUGUGCCAGGAGAACCAGUGUGACAAUGAGAACAUGCUAGAGGAACCAGUGUGACAAUGAGAACAUGCUAGAGGAACCAGUGUGACAAUGAGAACAUGCUAGAAAAACCAGUGUGACAAUGAGAACAUGCUAGAGGAACCAAUGUGACAAAGAGUAUAUGUACCAGUGUAAGCUGUGUUGAAAAGAGUGUGAAAGAUGUUAUGUAGGAUGUGCGCAUUUUUAGGAUUUUAUGUCUGCAUUUCAUUACAGAUUUCAAGUUUUAAUUCUUUAUAUUAUUACAGAAUAAUUCACAGCCAUCAUCCAAAACAUUAAUUGUAUUUAAUCUUUUUUUUAUUCUGUAUGCUGUGUUGUGCAUGAUGGAAGUUGAAGGAACAAGGCAAUAAUCUGCCCUCGUGAGUUUACAUGAUGCAUCUUUAGGCUCAUUGCAGCAUAUAAUUUGUGAUCAAAACAUUGUGUGUGUGUGUGGGAAGUCUAAGCCAACCUUGAAUUGAAUUUAUACAGGGCAGGCAAUCCAAGUGACAACUCAUUGUUUAAUUUUGCUAACCAUUAUGUAUUAAAUUACAAUCAUCAAUGUAAUAAUGGUGGAAAAUACAUGCAAACUGUCUGUAUUUAUAUGUGAUUGCUAUACAAACUUUUAGCUAUAAAAACCAAAAGAAUACCUUUAUAUUUGAUUAAGCAUGUUCUUCCAUACAAAAUUGUUAAUUCUCUUCAAAGCAAAUAUUUUUAUUUUGCAUGGAGUAUUUUUCUGGUCCAAUCUUAUAAUUGUGUAGUACAAUAUUCAUAUUGUUGAUUACUUUAGUCGCUGAUCUUUGAUCAAAUUUGGACCCAUAGUAUUUGCAGAGAUUCGUAACAUCCUGAAUGUAUCCUAUUAUUUGGUGACAUCAUUGGUAAAAGAAAUUUGUGAUCCUUAAAUGACUUAAUCUAUAACAUAAAACUUAGAAGACAUCAUUAGCUUGUGUCAUGGACCACGUCAUUUGUCAGUAGCUUUUGUUUAUCUACUGAAUUCUUUGCUACCAACCCAGUAUUCAUAAACAUGAUGUAAUAAUUAAUGGUUUGUUCUAUUAUUUCAGAUAUUGUAUUCUUUUUCUUGAAUGUGUUGACCAUAUUCAAAUUAUUUAUUGAAUGUUAGUGUCCAAUCAACAUGUGAUAUAUAUACAUUACAAGCAAUUUCCAUAAUAGUCCAUAAAUAUUAAUAUACAACAUAGAUAUCUAUGCAAAUAAGAUUAAGUCCUGUCCUUUAGAUGGUGUCACUGAAAAUGAAUAACAUUAUUAUGUUUGUGUUGAUUCAUUUGUGGGGGUGGGGUUGCAUUUUAUCCUGUUGGGAAAUACAUUAUUGUAUGUUUACUGUAUUGCUCCAAGAAUGCAGAUGUAUUAUUGCAGUGUUAUUAACACAUCACAAUAUCACAUUUAAUAAAUCAAACGGGGUUCAUAACAAAACAAGGCAUGACAUGGAUUGGCUCCAAAUUGCAUAAUGAUAAAUGUUAUACUUGUUAGAGUUUACAGACACAGAUUUUGCCCAAUUACUAUCAGUUUCCAGAUUGCCUAAUGAGAAAUAAUGUAUUUUCAACUAUAGAAAUUAUGUUUUAACCCAUAUAUGCAUGGUAUAUUGGAUUUCUUCGUGCUAAACCAGAAAGGCUCUCUCUGUACAGCAGUUUUACCAAUUGUACAAAGUGGUUUGAAUGUUACGUAAUUCAAUCGUGUAUAUAAAUCCAAAAUAUCUGUGCUGAACCAUGUGUUUCAUGUUUUACCUGUUUAUUUUCAGCUGAUCUAUUAGCAUUUAUAUAACCUUGUAUUUUUUUCCAUCUUUAGUAUAUAAACUUUGCGUGAAUUAUAUAAAGAA